CAUGCUCAUAUGUUGUUUAUUUGUGUUCCAUAUCUAGGAUCAACAAUGCAAGGGCUUCUACAGACAGUUCGAUUUUGGACAACAAAGCGUCCGCAAGGUUUGAACAGUGCAAGGCCAGAGACAGGACUGCGCAACACAACGGUUGCAGAGGUGCUAUCAACCAAAGGGCAAGACAAGGCCGGGUCCUGGCUUUGGUGUCGGACAGAUGACACCGUCUAUGAUGCUGUCAAGCAAAUAGCUCAGAACAAUGUAGGGUCUCUCGUGGUUCUUAAGCCGGGGGAGCAACAUCAUAUAGCAGGAAUUCUAACGGAACGAGACUAUUUGAGGAAGGUGAUUAUGCAAGACAGGUCCUCUAUAUACACAAAAGUUGGGGAGAUCAUGACUAACAAGGACAAGCUAGUGACAGUAACAUCAGAUACAAGCAUUCUUCAUGCAAUGCAGCUCAUGACUGAGAAUCAGAUUCGGCAUGCCCCGGUUAUAGAUGGGAAGAUAAUAGGCAUGAUUUCCAUUGUGGAUGUUGUGAAAGCUGUAGUAGAGCAACAACAUGAAGAAUUGAAGCGACUAAACGAGUUUAUCCGAGGAUAAUACUAUUAAGCUCGUUCCAUAAAUUCAUGUUGUAUAUCGAUAAUAUAUAAUCAAAUGUCUGGUUUAUCAUACUACAGUUA